AUGGAGGAUUCUGAACAAUCAGUGGAUGAUUUGUCUGAUUCAUCGCCGUUGAAGAAGAAAAACAACCGCGGACAGUUUAGUAAUUCUAAAGAUACUUGCGGUAUUGAUACAGUCCUUGGAGGUACUGAACCUGAUCCAGAAAUCAGAGCUAUAGAUGGUGAUAACAUGGAUGAUUCAAAAGAUUUUGAGGUUGAUGAAGAUAUUGUAGAUGAUGGAGAUGAGGAAAGAGAUAUUGACGAUAUUGAGGAAGCAGAAGGUGACGACUCAGGAUCAUUGCAAAAUAAAUCACAGUCAGGGGUUGAUGCAUUCGAUUCAUUUGAAUUUGUUCACAAAGAUGCCAGCUCUUCCAGUUCAGACAAUCUAAAG